AUGCCGAAACUAAAAAGCCGUCUUACUCGUAGGGAAGAGAAAGGCCUUGUCGAUGUCGAUUCUAUCCCCAGUACUCGCUCUGAUUUUCUCUUACUCCUUUUAGCGUCUCGCAUAUUGUAUCGUAUCCAAGCAAAAUGCUUUCAAAACAACGGAAUAGUUUGUGCCGACAUUAUACAAAUAACGCAGAGAGAGAUCGAGCGCAUUCCUCUAGUACUCAAAUUAACAGAACAGUCAAUUGACAGCAGAAAUAACAGUGUGCAGGAAUACGAUGCUGUUCCUUUUAAAAAGCGUGCCGUCGAUUACUACAAGCAAUUAGCUACGACAAACAUGCCGCUAGAGACGAUGCGAAUUAUGUUGACCGAUGAGAUUGCAGUCAGGCAACGAUUUGGAGAGACCUCAUAUAUUCGACGUAUAUACAAAAAUUUGAUUACAUUGCUGGAUGAUCUAAUUAACUUCUUAUCUGUGAACAAUAAAAGCAAUAACUAUGGUAAUGAUGUAAGCCUAUCAUCAACAGGCGCUAAUAAUGUAAGAGUCGAAUCAGAUAUAGACCGAGGCCAUUCGAUUAAUGAACAUAAGAAAUGCAACUUUCGCCCAGUUUACUUUGCAGACAGUUAUCUUCUCUGUACUGAAGGAUCAGAUGAUGAGAAAUUGUCCAUGGCGGCUCAUGUGCCUCUGCUCUGGUUACCAGCUUUGACUAACGGCGAUGAGGUGACGCAACAGACUGUCUCUGCGUUUGUAUUGAGAAAACGUAAGGGAUUCGAAGAGGAUGUUGUGUUUCGAACCAGAUUACAACGUAUGAAUUUUGUACAAAUUUGGAGUAAGCAAGAACGUACCAAAACAAAAGAUGCUAACGAGAGAGUAAUGGACAGGAGGGGAAGAUUUAGCGCAGAUAAUUCGGGAGGGAUGAGGAUAACGUCCGACAAUUCGUCCGAUAAUUAUACAAAUGAUCAGUCGAGUAAACGUAAACGCACAAGUGAAGCGAAUAUGAAUUUACUCAAUCGAAUAUUUGUGCUUGGUGAUGACGAGAUUGAAGAAGAGUUGAAAUAUAUUGCUUUUAAUAAGAAUAAGAACAGUAAUAAUGGGAUCAAUGCUGACAAUGAAAACGACAUUCAUAUUGACGGCCGACUGCCAACCGUAACAACGUUAAACUUACAAGUGCAAGACGCUUCAUGUAACAUCAGGCCACAAUCUGAUAUGAAUCAGAAUUCGAAUCGAUAUGUCGAUUUAUCAAUCAAUUCGGGUUAUCAGUUUCCUUUAAAUAUGGUUGCUGGUAAUUUUUCAACAUUAAAUGAAGGCAACUCUAACGCGUUAAACUCGUCCGUCAAGUCUCCGUUGUUGCCAAGGUUCAACGCACACUCUGUCAAGAACAUCCAGUCUAAUCGUCCUUGCCAUAAACUCAACUGUCAUUAUAGUUACAGGCAGUUGUGUCCUUGCGUUAUAAAACUAAAUCGAUGUCAAUAG